AACAUUAUCGAACAUCAAUACGUCAAAAUGUAGAUAAAAUAAAGAUUGAAGAUAAGAUAGUGUUGACGUUAUCUCGGCUGUUUUUAUUUUUACGCGUUGAAAAAGAAAGUUUGACAGAUUGGUCUCGUCCUGAAGACAGCAAAGACAUGCUCUUUUCACGAGUCGAAAUUUUCGAGAAAAAAGCUGAGAAAAAUUGAGGCACGUAAGCAUGUAGUUAUUACGUAAGGACGUGUAGAAGCAUCAGUGAUUUCGCAACUGGUAUUUGUAAAACUGUUCGAAGAUCAAAAUCUCAAACUAGUUCUUUUCAAAAAGAGAUUCGACACGCGUCGAGGUGUUGCGAUUCGCGCAUCUUGAUGUGAAAUUACCGCAGAGUUAUUUCGUGAAAUAUGACUAAUACAUAAAAUAAAUAACGCAUUCGACGGCGUUAAUGUGAGUAAGUUUUCCAAGACACAGUCGCGUUCACGAUGGUCUCGACAUGGGAGGAUUUCUACGCGAAGCAUCCACCUCCUCCAGACCUGGCGCAAAACGAGCAGGCAUUGAAGGAGUUCACUAGGAGGCAUUUAGAGGCGGGCAAUAAGGUGGUGUUGGUGACGAGCGGAGGUACGACGGUACCCUUGGAGCAUAAUACAGUGAGAUUUGUGGACAAUUUCAGUGCGGGUACAAGGGGAUCGGUUUCAGCAGAAUACUUCUUGGAGCACGGAUAUGCAGUUAUAUUUAUGUACAGGAUCAAAUCUUUGGAACCAUUUUCGAGGCACUUUUUAAGUCAGAAAUUUUUAGACUUGCUUCAAAUAUCAGAUGACAAAGAAAAUCCUGUUAUCACAGUAUUGCCAGAAUACACGGAGAAAGUAGCAACAGUGCUGCGAAAAUAUAGAGAAGCAUUUGAUCAGAAAAAAUUGCUGCAACUUACUUUUACAGCUCUUUCUGAAUAUCUCUGGCUGCUACGAUCCGCUUGCCAAGCGUUAGCACCUCUGGAGAACAAAGCUAUAUUAUAUUUAGCAGCAGCAGUCUCGGAUUUCUACAUUCCUUCCAACGAAAUGUCAGUCCACAAAAUUUCCUCGAGUGGACCACCAACAAUAUCUCUUCAAUUAGUACCAAAGAUCUUAGCUCCGUUAGUUAGUUUGUGGGUACCAAAAGCAUUUGUGGUUUCAUUUAAAUUAGAAACUGAUGAAAGUUUGCUCAUUUCUAAGGCGAGAACUGCCCUCAAUAAGUAUCAGCACAACCUUGUAAUAGCCAACAUUUUGCAAACUAGAAAACAACAAGUAACAAUAGUAAGCAAGGAGACCAAUUACGUUUUGUUUCUUACAAAUGAACAAUUAGAUAAUGGUGAGGAAAUUGAAAAAUUAAUCGUAAGUGAUCUUGUUGAGAAGCAUCAAAAGUUUAUUUUACGAUCCAAACAAGUUAGUUGAUUUACUUGUUUCAAGCUGUAAAAGGUAUUGUUACUUUUAUAUAUAAAAUAUGCAUUUAAAAAAUAAGAAAUUAUGAUAUUACGAGUGGUUAUUGGUGAGAAUGAAAUAUAGGUUCGGGAUGUACUGUUAUAUUGUAUAUACAUAUCAGCAUUGUAAAGUGAUACAAAUAUACAGAAUUCACUUACAAAUACUACUAUUUUGUACAUAACAAAUAUACAGUUACAGUUUUAUACAAAUUAUAACAAGUGAAUAUUUUAACAGAUUUAAAAUUUAUUUUUUAUUAAAAAAGUACUUAAUAUUUUAUCAACUUAUGUUACACUUGAAUGUAUAACAUUCACUGAUCUGUAAAAUUAUUUUAAGAUUAUUAUGAAUGUAAGUUGACAUAAAUGUUAUCUGAAUUGUAUAUAAAUGAAUUUUAUAAAAAGAAUAAAACUCUUAAUUUUUAAGAC